CUGCUGCUCUCGCUGCAUUCUAACAGCGAGGGAGACUAGCUGGUGAGCAGAGACCAGAGAUAUUUCACCACUUGGGAGUAGACAAGAAAGUCACGAUGAAGCUGCUCUUUCUAUUGUCGGUGGUGGUCAGCUCUACCGCCGUCGUCUGUUCGGGUAACUCGGGCAGACAACAGAUCCCCACCUUGCCUCCCGAGGCCUUCGUCACAGCCCCGAGCCCCACUGAGAUCAAGUCUCGCUUUGCCAUGCUGGAUGAUGUGCGCCUGCUGGCUAAUGGACUUCUCCAACUCGGUCAGAGCUUGCGGGAGUUCGUCCACAAGACCAAAGGCCAGAUCAACGACAUCUUCCAGAAGCUCAACAUUUUCGACCGCUCUUUUUACCAGCUCUCUGUGGUCACGUCAGAAAUCAAAGAAGAGGAGGAGGAGCUCAAGAAAACCACCAACUUCUUGAAGGCAAACAACGAGGAGAUCCGAAACUUGUCACUGGAAAUCAACUCUAAGAUCAACAACAUCCUGCAGGAGCGUACGCAGCUACAGAAGAAAGUGGGGAGCCUGGAGGAGAGACUGAAGGGACUGUCGCAGAGUAUGAUUCCUUCAGACCAGCUCAGUGAAAUCACCACACUCAAGGAAGUGAUUGAUGCUCAAGAGAAAACUAUCACCAGUCUUCUGAUAUCUGUGAAGGAGCAGCACGAUCAGCUGGACAACCAGAAUGUAAAGAUUAAACACCUGGAAGAAAAGCUAAAUUUUGACAGUUUCCAAGACACCGUUGAUAAGCCAGUGGACGCAGAUCAAACGGCGUCUGAUAUUUUUGAAUAUUUGGCAGCAAACACAACUGGCUUGGAGACAAAUGAUCUCCCAGUGGACUGCAGUGACUUGUUUAACAAAGGAGAGGAAAACAGUGGAAUCUACACCAUCAAACCAAACCAAUCGGAGCCUUUUUAUGUUUAUUGUGAAAUGGUUUCCGAUGGCGGUUUAACCGUCAUCCAGCGCCGGCUGGAUGGUUCAGUGGAUUUUGAUGAGUCAUGGGACAAAUAUGAGAAAGGUUUUGGAGAUUUGGAAAAGGACUUUUGGCUGGGACUUCAGAAGAUACACAGUCUCACACAGCAACGAUCUUACAUCCUUCGCAUGGACCUAGAAGACUGGAGGGAAGAGAAGCACUGGGCUGAGUACCGCUUUGUCCUAGGAAGCCCCUCCACUGGUUACACCCUCCAUGUCAGCAACUUCUCAGGAGAUUUGCAGGAUGCAAUGACCAACCUCAAUGGCAUGAAGUUCUCCACUAAAGACGGAUCUAACAACAACCAACGUGACUCCAGCUGUGCCCGAAAUAACACAGGUGGCUGGUGGCAAAGCCCCUGCUGCGAAUCCAACUUAAAUGGAAAGUACUUGUGGAUGAGGGCAAAAGGACGCUCUGUGCGGCGGAAGGGCGUUCACUGGAAGUCUCGCACAGGCCCCUCCUAUUACUUCAAGAAGACCAAAAUCACCUUACGACCAGAAUCAACAGCCAGUAACGCCAACUGAACAAGACAGUUCAUCCAUUCUCAUACUGCAAAUACUGACUGCUAUCAGAGCAUUCACUUAGUACAUAACAGAUUGGAUCUCAAGCACAAAGUUGAAUGCCUAGAACCGUCUUGGCCAAUAGCACGCCAAAAGUCACAAGUCAGGUUUCCAGAACUGUUGCAACAAUGGAGCCAAUGACAUGCGAGGGAUGUAGCAAUGACAGUGGAACUGUUUUAUGUAAUAUUUGCAAUCCCCAGCAAACAGAACAUAUUGAUCGUCGUUGGCAGCCUGACUCCACAGUGCUGUAGAAGGAUUCAAACGCAUGAAGAGAUAAUAAUGCUAAAGCUAAAAGGGGGUAAUCAGAUUUUAGGCACCUUCUAAUGAUUCUGCUUAGCUUCUAGGUCAACAUGCGUGUUUUUGUGAUGUUAAGACUGUACUGCAUGCUUCCUUGUUUAAAAAAGCACAUUUAUCAGCAGGAUUAAUGGAAAAUGGUUAAAUAGGUACAUUCCAUCAUUUGCAUUUGUGCUGAUCCUGUAAGUUUUUUUUUAAAUGGGGGGGGUGUUGUGGUUUGUUUAACAUUAUGCAUCAUUUUAGUAAUUUAAAAAAAAUAUAGAAAUACUGUUCGGUUAGCAAACCUCUGCAAACCUAUUUUCCACAAAAUAACAGUGAUAUAAACAACUGAAAUGCAUCAAUCUCCUUUCUCUCAAUCUGUUUAUACUUUUUUUAUUUAUGUUUUAAGUAUUUAAAACAUGUGCAUGCGGUUAUGUGAUAUGUGCUGGUGUUGUUAAGGUAACAUGGCUGUUUAAUUUUAAUGAGUCAUAUUGACUUUUGUUGUUAUUACAGCACAUUUAGGUGUACUUAAACUUGUAUACAACCUGUCGGUCUGAUCAAAUACUUUGAAUGCAAAUAAAUCCUGUUUGAAAAAAAAGGUUUCACGCUGCACUAUGUGAAAACAAUAUUGUUUAUGAAAAUUUUCUGGAUUAUUUUACAAUCCAAUGACAUGCAUACUGUAUUUAAUUCUGAAAGCAGCACAUGUUGCUUUAAAAUAUUAAGUUCUGUAAGUUUAUUUCCAAUUUAAGCCGAUUAUAAACCUGACUUUUUGUUCUUGUGAAACAUCUUUAAAAAGAUUCAUAAAAAAUAAUAAAUGUAUCUUGAUAACACU